GAACAUGGGCACCCAGCCACACGCUGUGACCAAGGCAGAGAUCCCUGACUAUGUUCUUUACACCGUAGGAACGUGUGUGCUCAUUAUUGGCUCCAUUGGCAUCAUCGGAAACCUCCUAGUUCUCUAUGCGUUUUACAGCAACAAGAAGCUGAGGACACCCCAAAACUACUUCAUAAUGAAUUUGGCUGUAAGUGACUUCCUGAUGUCGGCUUCUCAGGCACCCAUGUGCUUUGUCAACAGCUUGCACAGAGAGUGGAUACUUGGAGAUAUAGGCUGUGACUUGUACGCUUUCUGUGGGGCACUCUUCGGAAUAACCUCAAUGAUGACUUUAUUAGCUAUUUCUGUUGACCGCUACCUUGUGAUCACCAAGCCCCUGAGAUCCAUACAGUGGACUUCAAGGAAACGCACCAUGCAGAUCAUCGCUAUCGUGUGGCUGUACUCGCUGGGAUGGAGCGUGGCUCCGCUCCUUGGGUGGAGUUCCUAUGUGCCUGAGGGCUUGAUGAUAUCCUGUACAUGGGACUAUGUAACCUACUCCCCUGCAAACAGAAGUUACACCAUGAUUUUAUGUUGCUGCGUGUUUUUUAUUCCCUUGAUAAUAAUAUUCCAUUGCUAUUUAUUUAUGUUCCUGGCCAUAAGACGUACUGGCAGAGAUGUUCAAAAGCUGGGUUCUUGCAGCCGGAAAUCCUACCUCUCUCAGUCCAUGAAGAAUGAAUGGAAAUUGGCAAAAAUUGCUUUUGUAGUCAUCAUUGUGUUUGUCUUGUCCUGGUCUCCAUAUGCUUGUGUCACCUUGAUUGCCUGGGCAGGUCGAGGCAACACCCUAACACCAUAUUCCAAAUCUGUGCCAGCAGUUAUUGCCAAAGCUUCUGCAAUCUACAACCCCAUCAUAUAUGCAAUAAUUCACCCAAGAUACAGAAAAACCAUUCACAAUGCUGUUCCCUGCUUGAGGUGCUUGAUACGAAUAUCGAAGAAUGACCUCCUAAGAGGCUCCAUAAAUGAGUCAUCAUUCAGGACCUCUCUCUCCAGCCAUCAGUCUCUUGCUGGCAGGACCAAGAGCAUUUGCAUUUCAUCAGUUUCCACUGGAGAAGCCACCUGGAGCGAUGUACAGCUUGACCCUGUAGAGCCAGCUCAUAAGAAACUGCAGCCUCGCCGAAGUCAAUCUUUCUCAACAAGUCUGAGACAGGAGAAGAGAGACCUGCUCCCAAAGACCUGCAGCUGUGAAGUGGCAACUGCAGAAAAGGUUUCUUUCUCCUCCAGUUGUUUGGAGAAGAUGCUUGGGUGGCCAGUCCUACACAGUCCCCCUGCAACACUCGUGACCAGCUCCCUAAAAGCAGCUUCUCUGCCCGUUGGUUUGAAUAGCAGCAGUGUCAGCAGAGAAGGAGACUCGGACACUUCACAGAUGGCAACUCAAGAAAGUCAAGUUAAUGGAGUCCUGAGCUCUAUCAUUAGCAAUACAGUCCCUCGCAUUAUCAUCAUUCCUACCUCAGAGACCAACAUAUUUCGAGAGGAAUUGGAAGAGGAGGAGAAUGAAUUAUUUCACUUUAAUGACAAAAAGGGCAAUCUGCUGGACUUGGAAGGGCUUAGCUCAUCCAUGGAGUUCCUUGAAGUUGUUGAGAAAUUUCUAUCGUAA